AUGAAUGCUAAGAACUCGUUCGAGUACUCUGCGGAAUCUAGAGAAGCAAAGUACGACUUCAGAUGGGCCGUGAAGGACGACUACUCCGGCAACGACUUCGGCCACCAAGAGUCCCGCGACGGCGACCGCACACAGGGGUCCUACUACGUGCAGCUCCCCGACGGCCGCCUGCAGAAGGUGACGUACUACGUGGACGGCGACUCCGGCUACGUGGCUGAUGUCAGCUACGAGGGCGAGGCUCGCUAUGACUCAGCUGAGUCUCGAGAGUACGGCCGGCCAGUGUACUCUCCGCCAAGACCCGUGUACUCCCAGCCAAGGCGUGUGUACUCUUCACCCGAGUCUGAGGAAUCCUUGGAGAUUCCUGUGUACGCUUCGCCCAGACCUAUUUACGGGCCUCCAAGACCAACUUACGGCUGAAUGCAUCGGCCGUUCCCUUUGGUCUGUGUUGUUACAAGACGCAGGUCCUGGAAAUGGUGAAUUAGCGUAAUUAGGGCGGAUUCUAUAUCACAAUAAAUAUAAUAACACCUUU